AUGAAGAAAAAUAUGUUUCCAUUGAUGUUGCUUCUUGGUUUGGUUAGUGGUAUCGUUGCUUGGCCUAUUGAUGAAUUCAACGUCUUUAAUUAUGGAGCUAGUGGUUUUGGAGAAGUUGAUGAUUCUAAGGCAUUUGUGAAUGCAUGGAGAGAUGCGUGCAAUGUAGGAACACAUGACGCAAGAGUGAUAGUUCCUAAAGGGACUUUCUUGUUGAAUCCUCUCAUGUUUGUUGGACCGUGCAACCCCCAAAUCAUUCGUUUCGUGAUUUUUGGAAAAAUUAUCGCUCCAGGUGAACCAGAAGCAUGGAAUGGUCGUGAUUCAAGUCAAUGGAUAGCUUUUAAAAACGUAACAGGCCUUAAUUUGUAUGGAUCUGGCCUUAUAGAUGGACACGGAAUGCGUUGGUGGGACCAGUCAUGUCGAUAUCAUCCAGAAUUGGAGGGGUGCACCAAACUAGCACCAACGAUCUUCAAGUUUAUAUCAUGCAAGGAGAGCACAUUAAGAGACAUUCAUUUAGUUAAUAGCCCACAAACUCACGUACUCAUACAGUAUUCCAACGGGUUUAAUGUUGAUAAUGUGACGAUCCAAUCUCCUGAACAUAGCCCCAAUACUGAUGGCAUUCACAUCCACUCUUCUCAUUUUGUCAAAAUCACCAACUCAAUAAUUGGGACAGGUGAUGACUGCAUUUCAAUAGGGGACUACAUAUCAAACAUAGAUAUAGCCGAUAUACAUUGUGGACCAGGACAUGGUAUAAGUAUUGGGAGCUUAGGAAAGAAUAGAGAAGUUGUUCAUGUUGAGCACAUACACAUACGAGAUUCCACAUUGAAAGGAACCUCAAAUGGAGCUCGAAUCAAGACUUGGCAAGGAGGUCAAGGCAACGUUCGAAAUAUUACAUUCGAGAAUCUUGAAUUUGAUGCCGUAAAAAACCCAAUCAUCAUAGACCAAAACUAUUGUGACGUUCGUGGUAGAUGCAAAGAAGAGGAAACCGGCGUCAAAAUAAGCGAUGUGAUUUACAAGCAUCUUUAUGGCACAUCGUCUACCAAGAUUGCUAUCAAUUUAAACUGUAGUAAAUCCGUACCUUGCUCAAGGAUUACAAUGGACAAUAUAAACUUGGUGUCGGUUCAACAAGGUUACCCGGUGACUGCUAAUUGCACAAAUGCUAAAGGAACGGAAGUUGAAGUGAAUCCGGGACCAUGUUUAAGGAACUAGAUCUCAUCCACUAAGGGUUCAUGAGUUCAUCACAAAU